UCGUGAGAGUUAUAGUAUGGUUGUAGCUGUUAAAGUUAUCAAUCUUGAAGAGAGAGGAGCUGCCAAAAGUUUCAUGGCCGAGUGUGAAACAUUAAGAAGUAUCCGUCAUAGGAACCUUCUUAAGAUUGUCACGGUUUGCUCGAGUACUGACUUUCAAGGCAAUGAUUUCAAGGCUUUAGUGUACGAGUUCAUGACAAAUGGAAGUCUUCAUCAAUGGAUUUUCAUGGAUGCACGUGUGAGAAUCCUAAGCCUACUUCACAGAGUAGAUAUUGCAAUUGAUGUGGCGAGUGCAUUGGAUUACCUGCACAAUGGUUGCGGCACUCCUAUCAUUCAUUGCGAUCUAAAGCCAAGCAACAUUCUCCUGGACAAUGAUAUGGUUGCUCAUGUUGGGGACUUUGGGUUAGCUAGAUUUCUUUUGCGUGCAACUGCAAACAAUAGUAGCUCCAUAGCAGUCAAAGGCACAGUUGGAUAUGCAGCUCCAGAAUAUGGCUUGGGAAGUAUGGUGUCUAAGGAAGGUGAUGUUUAUAGUUUCGGCAUUGUGUUGUUAGAGAUGAUGAUUUCAAAGAGUCCCACUGGUGAGAUGUUCGAAAGAGGUUUAAACCUUCACAAUUAUGCUAAUUCAGCAGCAUUGUCUGAUCAAUUGGUAAACAUCAUUGACCCAAGGCUCCUAGAGAAUGGUGGUACAAGUGAAGGAAAUGAAGGUGAAAUUUUGACAGAAGUUCACAGGAAACAUAAGUGCAUAAGAUCUAUCAUUGAAAUUGGAGUAAAAUGUUCCAUGGAGUCACCACAAGAUCGAAUGAAGAUCGAAGAUGCUAUUGGGGAGUUGCAAGUAACAAAGGAUGCUCUCCUUAAACAACUACAUGUCAUUCGUGCAAAGCGCGUCUAGGUAAAUGUACUAAAUUUCACAUUGUCUAGUAUAUGCUAAAUUCAUCAAUUACAUACUGUACUGAAUUUUACUAGGCUCUUGCAGGAGUCAUGCAUGCUUUUCGAUAGUAUGUUCUCCGUUUAAACGGUCAAGAUUGUAAUUCAUAUAGAGUAAUUAUAAUUUCAUAUAAUUCAU